GGCAUGGCUGGCUCUGGCAAGACCACCUUCAUGCAGUGCCUGAAUGCGCACCUGCACGAACGGCAGCAGCCGGGCUACAUCACCAAUCUGGACCCGGCGGUCACCCACCUGCCCUAUGGCGCCCACGUGGACAUCCGGGACACGGUGAACUACAAGAAUGUGAUGAAGCAGUACGGCCUGGGUCCCAACGGCGCCAUCCUCACCUCCCUCAACCUCUUUGCCACCCGCUUUGACCAGGUGGUGACCCUCUGCGAGAAGCCGCGGCAGCCGGCGCUACGGUACAUUGUGGCGGACACCCCCGGGCAGAUCGAGAUCUUCACUUGGUCGGCUUCAGGCGCCAUCAUUACAGAGGCCUUUGCCUCCACCUUCCCCACCAUGAUUGCAUACGUGAUCGACACCCCCCGCUGCCUGGGGCCCCAGACCUUCAUGACCAACAUGCUGCAGGCCUGCAGCAUCUUGUACAAGAGCCGCCUGCCGGUGCUGCUGGUAUUUAACAAGGUGGAUGUGGCCCGCCACGAGGCCUGCCUGGAGUGGAUGGCGGACUUUGAGGCCUUCCACCAGGCGCUGGACAGCGAGCAGAGCUACGCGGCCACGCUGAGCCGCAGCAUGAGCCUGGUGCUGGAGCAGUUUUACCAGAACAUGCGGGCGGUGGGGGUGUCUGCGGUGACAGGCGAGGGCAUGGACGACUUUAUUGCGGCGGUGGGGCAGUGUGCUGCAGAGUACGAUGAGCAGUACAAGCCCGACCUGCUGCGCCGCCAGGGCGAGCGACAGCAGCUGGAGCGGCAGCGGCAGGCAGCUGAGAUGGAGCGGCUGAGGGCCGACCUG